AUGGAUUUACUAAAAGAUAGCUAUAACUCAUCGUCAGAAGAAAGUGAUGUUAAUUCAGAGGAAAACGAAUUACCAAUUAUACCGACUGAAAUUUUGAACAAAUAUCAUAUUGCCCCUAGUACAAACACUGAAAGUAAUACGAUGAAUUACAAGUCCUCCUUGACUACAAAAAUAUGGAAUACAUUUAUAUAUCUCGAGUGGAGACCGAACAUGAAGGACCGUAGGACCUUAGACAAACUACUAGAUUAUUAUAGUGGUGUCAUGAAUCAGAAUGGGAUCCAUCUAAAAGUGGAACCGUUAUACUGGUCGGACCUAGGAUCACCAUACCCUCUACAUAUUUCAUUAUCACCAAAUAUACGCAUCAAGGAUAUAAUCGAUAGAGAUAAAUUGUUUCAUAGAAUCGAAUCAAAACUCGAUAAGAGCCACCUGAAACCAUUUGAAGUGAAAUUUGGUAACGUACCUAUGUGUAUUAGAUCCAUGACAAAUCCCAAAUCAUGUUUCUUUACAUUACCCAUAGACACUACUACACAAGUGGGUCCGAUUACAGACCUGGUUAAGAUAAUAGAAGAAAGUAAAAAAGGUUUAAAUUUAGAGACAUCAUUUGAUUUAAAUAUAUCCAUGACCCAUAUGUCUAUCGGUCAAUUGAACCCGGGGAAUGGUGUUACAUUAGACAUGUCCGCAAUUAACCAAAUCAUUCAGCAUAGUAUUUCUAACUGUGAUAUACCAAAAGUUUGCAUAAACUCCAUCAAUGUUGAUAAGAACAGACAAUCACUCUCAAUACGAUUUCCUGAAUGA